UAUAUAUAUAUUCAAUAUACAUAUUGAACUGUUCACAAAACGGCAUUUCACACAGAAACACCUAGAACGCGUGAAAAUGGCGGAGGAAAACCCCGCGAAAGAGAGCCGCAUUCGAAUUGCAGAAGAGCUGCCGGUGACCGCCGUGGAAUUCAUCAGCCAGGAGAGUUGGGACAGUUUCUACACCUCAAAAGGCGCCGACGAUUUCUGCGAGUGGUACGCCGACUGGCCCCAAAUCCGGACCUCACUCAAAAACCUUCUCUCGUUUCAGCUGGCGGAGGAGCUAGACCAUUUCUCAUUUCCGCUGUUGCAGCCGCUGCCGGAGGAGGUGAGUAUUUUGGUGCCGGCGUGCGGGGCCUCGAGGCUGUCGGAGCAUCUCUACGACGAAGGGUUUACGGGGAUUACGAAUGUGGAUUUCUCGAAGGUGGUGAUUCAGGCCAUGAUGAGGAGGAAUAUCAGAGCACGGCCGGAGAUGAAGUGGCGCGUGAUGGAUAUUACUGAUAUUACGGAGUUUCAAAGUGGGAUCUUUGAUGCCAUCGUCGAUAAGGGAGGAUUGGAUAUUCUGAUGGAUUCCGAGCAUGGCCCCAGAUCAGGACCAUUAUCUUAUAUAUCCGAGGUUAAAAGACUGUUAAAAGCUGGAGGCCGAUAUAUUUGUCUCACCUUGGCAGAACCUCUUGUGCUAGAUCUACUUUUUUCAAAGUUCCGAUUUGGGUGGAAGAUCAAUCUUUAUACCAUUUCUGACGAAGCAUCUCCUGGAACCACCACACAACAGACUUUUAUGUUGGUCGCAGAGAAAUCUUAUUUAACUGUUGUGUCUAGGAUAGUACCAUUCAUGGAUGUAUCUUUUGUAGAAACUCAGGGUAUUCAGGUUGAUGAGCUACUUGAAGCACUUAAAAGAGAAAAUACCGUCCGCGAAGAGUACUCCAAGAGCACAGAUAAAUGGUACUCACUUGAAGAGCUGAAGCAAGGGGUCAAUGGAAACAUUGGAGUGAUUGAAUCUGGUCGUGUUAUAAAGCUUUUUUUAGGUGAAACUGGAACAUCGCGUUUCUUCUAUACUUGUGUCCUUCUUGAUGCUCCUCCAGAGACUGGACCUUUCUCAAAACAAUUUCUCGUAUUAUUUUUGCAGAAAUCUCAAGCUUCCCAGAAGAUCCUCGCAUCAGAAUUCCGACAACGGCUCGUUCUUCAAAGCUUCAAAGCUGCUCGACUGUUGAUUAUUGUACUGGAUUCCAGUUAUUUUCGUCUUUACCCGGACGAUACAAGGGAGGAUGCCGACUAUUUUGUCGCUAAACUGUGCCAAGUGGGAGACGAUGACACUGAUGCUAAAUAUAUGGCUGGAGAUUAUAUGAUUGAGGGGAUUAAGCAGAGUAAAACUGUGCAUCAGGUUUCAUCUGUCUUGACUGGUCAAAUCUCUGUCGAAGACGUGAUAUAUAAUCAAUCUCAGGAUAUCACAUUCCGCCGCCUUUAUUUUGAAAGAACUGAGAGUUUGAUGCAUUCUGAAGCUCCAUUAUCCACAGAAGCUUUCAGACAGAAGAAAGGAAAACCAAAAAAAAUUGAUUCUCACGCAUCAAGUGGUGUUAAAGUUGAACACACAAUUUUGACAACUGGAUUCCACAAGGGGGUUAUUGCUGGACUACUGUUGUUUUCUACACAUUCAAAAAGAACUACCAAAGCUGGUGGUUUGGUCAAAACAGUGAUCAUUGGUCUUGGACCAGGAAUACUUCCUAUGUUUAUGAGAAAUCGGCUACCUUCUCUAAAGAUUGAGGUUGUCGAGUUAGAUCCUGUGGUUCUGAAUGUUGCUAGCAAUUAUUUUGGUUUUACAGAAGAUGAAAGGUUGAAGGUACAUAUUACUGAUGCAAUUAAGUUUGUCAGAGAGAAAGCAAAUUCUGAGGCAGAUGGAAGCAAAGUUGAUUUACUCAUAAUCGAUGUGGAUUCAUCAGACUCAAGUUCGGGUUUAAUCAGUCCAGAGGCAGACUUUGUUGAGGAAUCUUUUCUAUUGACCUUAAAAGACUCACUUUCCGACAAAGGUUUAUUCAUCUUUAAGUUGAUCCCGAAGCACUACUUUACUUGUAUGAGGGCACCGGUGUAUUCAAAAUUGGAAAGGGUAUUUAGCAACCUGUAUCACAUGUACAUGGACGACGGCUUCGUCGAAAUAAUAUUUGCAGUGAAGAAGGAAGGUCCGGUUGAACUUGACGAAGUUUGUAAAGCACUUGAAAGAUCGUUACUGGGUAAUUACAAGAUGCAUCCUUGGAUCAAUAAUGUGUUACAUGAUUCCAAAUUGAUCAAACCAUUAGUACUACCCUGAUGAUAAUGGUUUUAUUGUAAUUAGUGACUGACUGGUUUGUGCUUCUUUUUGUAUAGCUCUAUUAUAUAGUGUUACUAUACUCUGAAUGUGAGCAGAUAUUGUAAGUAUCUGGUGAUCUGAUGAGAGGCAUUACUGUGUUGAUAUAAUACAUUUGCACAUAUUAGUGUUACCUUUAUUGCUGUAGUUUCUUGAAUUUUGACACUACUUUUUUCAUUUAAAAAAAAAAUUAAAAAAUAAAAAUAAUGAUUCUACUUCAAUCAAUUGCUACCACUCCUCUUCCCAGAUAUUUGGAGAGGAAUCCCUCUCUCUCUCUCUCUCGCUCUCUCUCUCUCUCUCUCUCUCUCUCUCUCUCUCUCUCUCUCUCUCUCUCUGUAACGAUGCCGAAUUAGAGAAGAAUAGCCCCCUUUUGGAAAGAGAAGAAACGACGCCGUUUGAAGAAGAGUUGCUCUCCAACUUAAAGAAGCGUGGUUUUUAAUUGACGCUUUUAUCAAUUCUCUGCCCAACGGAACGACGUCGUAUUGCCUUGGUCAUUUCAGUAUAAAUAGCAGAUUCCGGGAUUGGGAAAGGCAAGCAAUUUCAGAAGCUAGUUCGUAGUUAGGUUAGUAUAGCUCGUCUUUUAGCCUAAUAUUCUCAUUUCUCACCAACCCUAGAGCAUUAUCCGCCGCCAUCACUCCCUCAUUGAACUCUAUUGUUACAGGUUAUUUCUCAUCAAAGGGGUUGAUUAUUGAAGACAAAGGAAGAAGGUGCUCAAUUUGGGUGUGGAUCAUUCAGCUUCCCUCAACAAAAAUCAAACAUUUGGAAAUUAUCAGAAACAAAGAAGAAGAAGAAGAAGAAGAGAUUUAUAAUAAUUAGAGUGAGGUCGAAAGAUGAAGCUUCUGCUGUGAGUGUGACUAAAAAUUGGAAUUUGAUCGUGUUGAAUAGUCGAACCAGUCAAUUUGGAACACUUUCAAUCUACUCUCAGAAGACGAAGAUUGAAUUCAGAAGAGGUUUUGAAUCGGGGAGGAGUGAAUUAUACCAUGCAUCUCUCUCAACAGUAUAUAUAGUCACAAAGGCAACCGUGACGGUGUGUAACAUUAAAUGUGCUACAAAGUCAAAGUCACUCGAUGUCGGCUAAGGCCGUAAAGAUGUUGCCGAGAAAAUACAAAGAAUAAUGGAGGUGCAACAAAAAAAGAUAGAGAUACGACAGAAGAAAUGAGAGAGAGAUUAAGGUUGAGGGAACCAUUAAACUCACUGAUUCGACAAUCAAGAUCAGUCAAGUAAGAAUGGACGGUCAAGAUCACUCAAGAUGAUCUUUUAAUCUAAGUAUGAAUUGAAUUCAAUAUUGGGCUACACUUCAAGAGAAAACAAAAAUGUUAUAUAUUACCUAUCACAUUAGAAUUUCAAUAAUGUAUUAUUUUAUUUUUUUCAAUUUUUUUCAA